AUGGAUGACAAAUUUAUAGCCCCAACUCUUAAAAAAGAUGGAAAAAAAUAAUUGAUAAAAAACUUAUAAUCAUAAAGAAAAGAAAAAUCAUAAAAUAAAGUGAAUGAUAAGCAUGCUACUACUAUUUAAAGUUUAUUUAGAUCAUUCUUAGCUACAAAAAAAAUGAAGAAUAUUAUAUAGGAUAGGCUUUAAAAAAGGCUUAGUGAUCUCGUUUAAGUUGAGAAGGCUAUGAAAGAUUAAGAGUUUGUUCUACCUAUUACUAUUAUGAAUGAUUUUAUGAGAGAUUUCAAUUAUCUUUGUUUCCGUUUUGUAAUGAAAAAUAAAUAUUGUGAUAAGAAUUUAGAAAAAUUUAAUAGCUAUUAAACAAUACUAGAGAAAAUGGCUUAUUGGAUUAGCAAAUCCCUAAUUACUAAAAAGUAGAAAGAAAAUAUCUACUAGGCCUUUUUUAAUUCUCAACUGCAUAUGUCUUAAGUUAGAAGAAAUUUAAAAGAUGAAAGUGUCAAAAAUAGCCUUAUGUCAAUUAAACAAAAAAAUAGUGAGUAGAACUAGAUUCAGAAUAGAAGCUGGAUUAAUAUUGCCAAGAUACUAUAUUAUGUUUUUAGGUUUUUUUCAGCAUCCUCACAUUACACAUGGAAAGACAAUUUGCAAACAUUUUUAAAGUAAUUCUUUAACAUUCAAAUUAUCGAAAAUGAACUAAAUUGCAAAAGUGAUCCUAAUGUAGUCCAUGUCCUAUCCUUUUAUGAUGAUAUAUUCAUUAAUUUUAACUUGUAUUAGCUUUUAAAUUUCUAAAUCACUCAAAUGGUGAAUAGAAACUCUCCAUCAGCUAAUAUUGAAGAUAUGGUAGAAAUAGGAUUAUUUCCAAUUUAGAUUUAUCAGAGCUUAUCUUUUUCCAAAAUAAUCAAUAGAGAAUAAAAAGAGAAAAAUUUUAACACCUAUGUUAAAUUUUAAAGUGAAUUUAUCACCAAAAUUGUUUCGAUUUCAAAGAUAGCUCCUUUUGUAAUUAAUGUUGAAUAAAGAACAAGUAAAACUAUUCCACAUUUAAAUUGGAAGAAUUUAUUUUAGAGCUUUUUAUUUACGAAUGUCUAAGAUCCUCUCUCUUAAAGUGGUGAAAAAGAAUUUGUACGCCACUUUUAAAACUAGCAAUCAUAACUAAUUUACAUGUUUGGUAAUUAAGUUAAAAUUUUAGAAUCAAUUCUAAAUAAGGAACUUAAUCAAAACUAAGAAUAGCAAAAUCAACAAUAAAUGGAUUUGAAUUCUUAGCAGUCUAAAGUUAAAUAAUAAAUAAAUUUUCAUUUUCAUGAUUACUAUUUCUUCUUAAAAUUAAUGAGCUAUUGCUUGAACUUCCUCACACCCUAGUGGUUUAGUAAUAUUCUAGUAAACUAUAGUUUAGACGAUAAAGAUGUGAUUGCUCUAAGCGAAUAUAUAAAUAUACUUUUUGACAAGAAAUUCGCUUUGAAAAUAUUUUCACUUGCUUUUGAUUAAAAUUUCUUGGUUAAUGAAGAUUUAAAUAUCACCAACAAGGAGAGAAACAUGAAAUAUGACGUUUAUAACCCUGAAGUCUCGAACAUAAUUUGUGAAAUAUAUUCAAAAAUACUUUCUAUAGCUUCAAAAAGUGAGCAAUCUUAAAAACUAACUUUUAAAAUUGUAAGUUCAUUUGCUUCAAAUGAAAGACUUAUCAAGAGACUCUAUACACAUCUUAAGACAAAUUUUUAAGGAAUAGAUAGCUUAACAGAUGGUGAUCUAUCUCAAGAAACUUUUAAUUCAUACACACAUGUUUACACUAUCUUUAUAGUGAGUUACUAUAACUAGCUUUCUAUAACAGACUUUUAGGAUUUCUUUUAAAGCAAGACAUCAAUACCUUUAGAUUAAUUGCCAGAAUUAAUCAAAGCAUUGGUUAAAUUAAACUACAAAAUUCUUUCUUAAAGCAUGUCUUAAUCUUCUCUUAUUUACCUUUCAUUUUAGUCUUCAAAGCUCUUGAGACUUUUACAUGAGUUUCACACUAAAAAAUAAAUAAUGCCUGAUAAUUAGUGGCUUCUUAGAGAUUCAUAAAUAUCAGGCAUCAUCAUGGAAAUUGAGAAAUUUAAUUUUUCAUAAACCUCUAUCAUAAGAGCAAUGCCUUUUUCUAUUCCAUUUGAAACUAGAAUAUUUAUUUUAAAAAAAUUAAUUGAGAAACAAAAAUUCCACAAUGAUGUUGCUUUUAGAGUAUUGAUCAGAAGAAAUAAUAUUUUUGGAGAUGGAUUUGAAGCCUUUAGACAGAUAAGAGAAAUUGAUUUAUAAGCUAAACUUAGAGUUUACUACAUAGACGAGUUUGGUAAUGAGGAAAAGGGUAUUGAUGCUGGUGGUAUUUUUAAAGAAUUUAUUAAUGAUUUAAGCAAAAUUGUGUUUGAUCCUAACUAUGGCAUGUUUAGACUUGUUGAAAAUAACUAAAAGUUGUGUCCAAAUUAAGAUAGUCUUGAAUUUUUAGGUCCAGAGCAUCUUGAAAUUUUCCACUUUUUAGGCUCUGUUGUAGGAAGAGCAAUUUACGAUUAAAUACAAAUUCAACCUAUAUUCAGUGUUUUCUUUUUAAGAUAAAUGAUUGGAAAAUAAAAUAAUUUAGUAGAGCUUGAGAAUUUUGACAAAGAACUUUAUAAAAAUUUGAAAUUCCUAAAAGAAUAUAAAGGAGACACUAAAGACUUAUGCCUUACUUUUUCUAUAGGUGAUUAAAAUUAAAAAGAAAUAUCUUUAGUACCAAAUGGUAAAAAUAUUCCAGUUGACAACUCAAAUAUUUUAAGAUACAUUUAUUUGGUGGCUGACUAUAAGAUGAAUAAAUGUAUUGAAAAUCAAACAAAAGCAUUUAUGAAUGGUUUAACUAAAGUCAUUCCUAAAAAUUGGCUUUAGAUGUUUAAUGAAAAUGAAGUGUAGAUGCUUAUUUCAGGUUAAGAAAAGGGGAUAGACAUUGAAAAUUUAAAAUCAAAUACAAAAUAUGAAGGUGGGUAUGGAUCAUGGGACUUUUAUAUUAGGGACUUUUGGAAAUUAGUUGCUUCCUUAACUGAAGAGGAAAAGAUCUUACUUAUUAAAUUUGUUACUUCAUGCGAAAGACCUCCUUUAUUAGGUUUUCAAAAUCUUGAACCUUCAUUCACAGUUGUUAAAGUUUCUAGUGAAGGUGACACUAAGCUACCUUCAGCACAAACAUGCUUUAAUAAAUUUAUUUUACCAAAGUACUCCUCUACAAAAAUUUUAAAAGAGAAACUUUUACUUGCUUUAAAAUCAGGAUAAGGAUUUUAUCUAAGUUGA